AUGUAUCAUAGAGACAUGGAAAAACGUUUACCCCCGUCAGUUCUUCAUUUGUCGCUAACAACUGCUGAGCAGUUAAAUGAUAAUUCUCGUCACUGCGGAGCAAGGCCAUCGGAGCUUACAUCGUUUCCUUCACGUGACGAAUCGGCGGCUUGCGCCUCCCCACGAGUAGGAGAUGCUUCCAAAACUGCGACAACGCAUCAUUUAACUCUGCUACAACGCCGUGAAAAGAAGCUUUGCAGCGCUAGUUUUCCAAGCCUGGAUGCGGAAACGUUGCUGGACAAAUCUCGUGCCGCUGUGACAUGGGAUGUUGCCAGUGCAGGUUUGAUGCCUCGGGGUUGGUUCCUCACGCAUACGGGGAAGAAACUGAGUCCGUUGCCGUCAAAUGGGAGGAUAAAACUAGUAAGCUAUAACAUUCUGGCUCAGCGUUUAGUAUCCACCGAGCUGUACCCGCAUUGCCCCAUGUUUGCUCUUGCCGAGGACUACCGAUGUUCCCUCCUUAAACAGGAAUUAGCCCGUGCUGCUCCUGAUAUUAUAGCGCUUCAGGAAAUCAGUGUCGAUGUGUUUGAAAAGCCGGGUUUGCUCGGCGACUGGUUGCGCUCCAAGUACCGGUUUGCCGGGGAUCAUGUGGUUGUCACCGACGCACGGGGACGCCCGAGGUAUGAGAGGUACGACAUCUCCGAGAAUACAAGUGAUAGUCGUAUUUUCGAUGAAACAAAUUUAUCUGCUUCGCAACGUGAGGGCAAGUCCACAUCACGGACGACGGUCGCUCCUUCUACCGGUGACAGUCGGCCCCAAAGACGCCCAGAGAUGGAGGGCGUGUGUGUACUGUACUUGCAGGAACGUUUUGAUCCUUGCGAAGUUGUGCCUAUCCGAUUCAAUGAGAUUGCUGCCGCUGACACGCAGCUCACACAGCGUGAACGUCGAUCUUUGCAGGCGAAAUCGCACAAUGUUGCCCUGAUUUCUGUCUUGCGCGAUCGUGUGAUGCCCAAUAUGAUUUACGUAAUUGGCACCGUGCAUCUCAUUUGGAACCGCACGGAGUGCCAAUUGUGGCAGAUGCAUCAUGUACUGCGUAAGAUGGAGGAGCUAAAAGAAAAUUAUGAGAAGGCGGUUAGGGGCGAAAAAGGAGAACCACCACGGGUUUCAUUAGUACUAGCGGGUGAUUUUAAUUCAGACGCAAUGUCUCCUCCAAUUCGCUAUGCUUUGACGGGUGUGCCGCCUCCAGGCAGUGAGGUGAUGAAAUAUUGGAAACUUCCAGAUGAGGGGGAGGAGGUGGAGAAUGAUCCAGAGUUUGGGGAGAUGGAUGGUCCAUCACCGUUGCUUAGCAGCUCCGCGUGCGCGACGGUGGAGGGGCAGCAGCAGGGUGGCAGACGAAAAAGGUACCGUAUUACUGACACCGUCGGACACUCACUUGCAUUUAGUGAUAGCUACGCCACGUACCGCAAACAACACCCGUGGCAUGUGUCUACGGUGAAUCCGUCCUCUAACGGAGAGGGGGGAGUGCUAGACCACAUUCUUGUUGAUGAAAGGCAUGUUGUUUGCACAUCUGUUAUGAAACUCUCCGGGUACACAGAACUGCCAACUAAAGAUUGUCCCAGUGAUCACUACCCUGUGGGGGUCACCAUUCUUCCGCGCACCUCACUGGAGUAA